AUGCCAGAUGCAACUUGGCUUCGGUUGUUGAUUCCCAGGCGAAACGCCGAAGCCGACACACGCACACCGCGGAUGGCGACGCAGUCCAACUCCCGGCUCCAGCGUUACAUUCAGACUGAGGCUGUAGACACGGUACCAUCGCCCCAGGCGCACUAUGGUGCCUUAUUGGCUGAUGGUAUUUCUGGCCCACUAAUCAUUCACAGUCCACAAGACCCUCUUGUUCGAGGUAGAGAUUUUGAUACCGACCAAAUCAUCUUCAUGAACGAUUGGUACCACGAUCCAAGCACCACCAUCGCGCGUAAACUUUUAUCAACCAAGGGUUAUAAUGGAACUCUAGCAGCUCCAUCUCCGAAUAGUGGAAUGCUAGUGAUGCAGCCCGACGUCUUGAAGCAAACAGUCUUACCACAAGCAAACCAAGGUCUCUGUCCAAAGCUUGGGAGUAAUUGA